AUGUUAACAGUCGUGCGUUCCAUUCAAAAGCCCGUGGUAAGCACAGGACUACGUGCCUUGAGCGUGCCAGCCUAUAAGCCAGACCUCAAGUCUCAGGCAGUCAAGCCAAAGAAUAUCAAGUAUUUCAAGAUUUAUCGCUGGGAUCCCGAGUCGAAAGAGAAGCCAUAUCAAUGCACAUAUCCCGUGGAUCUAGACGAAUGCGGCCCUAUGGUCUUGGACGCUCUUAUUAAAAUCAAGAGCGAACAGGAUCCGACGCUGACGUUUCGUCGCUCGUGUCGUGAGGGAAUUUGCGGCUCGUGUGCCAUGAAUAUCGACGGUGGAAACACACUGGCGUGUCUGAGCCCCAUUAAAAAGGGUGACGACGUGAUCAGCAUUCAUCCGUUGCCACAUAUGUUUGUCAUCCGUGACUUGGUGCCGGACAUGACUAACUUUUACGACCAGUACACGUCUAUCAAGCCGUGGCUGCACUCGGAUAAGCCUAGUGAUGUCAAUCACGAGCACCUGCAAUCUAUUGAGGACCGUAAGAAACUUGACGGCAUGUACGAGUGCAUCCUGUGCGCGUGCUGCAGUACCUCGUGUCCUAGCUAUUGGUGGAAUCCGGACAAGUACUUAGGCCCCGCUGUGUUGAUGCAAGCGUUUCGCUGGAUUGAAGACUCGCGUGACGACAAGACGGAGGAGCGUCUGCGCGCGUUGGACGAUUCGUUCAAGCUGUACAAGUGCCACACUAUCAUGAACUGCACGCGCACAUGUCCAAAAGGGCUGAACCCGGCUCAGGCUAUCGCCAAGAUUAAGACCCGACUCGCCAGCAUGCACUAA